AUGACUGUCGAUGGAGAAGAAAAGCGGGAUGAUGGUAUGGGAACAUGGGAUAAAUCUUCUCCAUUCGUAGAACCGACGGAUCCAGCGACUGCGAGACAAAAAACAGGAUCCGAUGCCACAGUCGAGCUUCGGAACAGCAAAGAGCUAGACGUUCCCCCAAGCUCUUCACACUCCGAAGGCAGCAAGCUUUCCGAACAGAGGCAAGCUGCCGAAUCGGCCAAGCCGCCGAGAAGAUGGUCCCAAAGGUUAAAUCCAUUCCGAUGGCGUCAGAUACCCCCCGUGCCUACAGAAAGGACUGUAUCCAAAGAGUAUGGAGCUGGAUAUCUGAGCUUGACAGGAUAUCUGCGACCCUUAGAAGUCCAGGAUAUCUGGUUGGUGAAUCCGGAUAGGUCGGUGGAUGUUCUUGUAGUCAAACUUGAACGGUCAUUCCAGAAUUGUGUUCGCAGGGGCGAUCGCUAUCCACUCUUAUGGGCAAUAUACGAAAACUUCAAAGUCGAAUUUUGGGUGGGCGGCAUCUGUGCAUUGUUCUCGAAUCUGCUCCAGGUCAUGACACCCUUCACUUCACGGUAUCUCAUCCAAUUUGCAGCAGAUGCAUAUCUCGCGAAACACGCUGGCAAGCCUGGCCCACAGCUGGGACGUGGCAUUGGAAUCGUCAUUGGGAUCUGCUUUAUGCAAACCUGCCAGAGUCUUGGUGCAGCGCAGUUCUUCUAUCGAGGAAUGAUCGUCGGAGCCCAAAGCCGUGCUGUCCUUAUCAAUAUGAUAUUUUCCAAAGCUUUGAAACUUUCCGGCCGUGCGAAAGCGGGUGGUAAAGCUACGGCGGAAAGCUCAGAAAAUCAAGGUUCAAAGGGCACAGCCGAGGAAUCGGAAUCUCUUCGCGCAGCCCGUGAUGGGAUUCUCAAGGGUAGAUUCCAAAAGAAACCGGGGAAGGCUAACGGCCCCAAGGUAACACCGGACGCUGCUACGGGCAUUGCCGGUGAUGGCGUUGGAUGGAGUAACGGCAGGAUCAUCACCCUAAUGAGCGUGGACGUGGAUCGCAUUGAUAGAGCUCUUGAGUUGUUUCAUCUACUUUGGACCUCUCCCAUACUGGUCGUAGUCGCUCUAAUCGUCCUUGUGGUUAAUAUAGGCUAUAGCGCUCUUUCUGGAUAUGCGCUGUUACUGACCGGGUUACCGUUUGUCACCUACUCUGUCCGUUCCCUUAUCAGACGACGAAAGAAGAUAAACAAAAUGACGGAUGAACGCGUUUCUCUUACCCAGGAAAUCCUGACGGCUGUCAGAUUCGUUAAGCUUUUCGGCUGGGAGAGCAGCUUUCUGAGGCGACUGAAUGACAUUCGGCAACGCGAAAUUCACGCCAUCCAAGUCAUUUUGUCCAUACGAAACGCUAUUCUCUGUGUAUCUCUGUCACUUCCUGGGUUCGCAUCUAUGUUGGCCUUUAUAACCUACUCUCUAUCGAACCACGUACUGUCUCCUGCCCCGAUAUUCUCAUCGCUCGCACUCUUUAAUGCUCUCCGCAUGCCGUUGAACAUGCUUCCUCUUGUGCUCGGUCAGGUAACGGAUGCGUGGACGGCCCUUGGACGAAUUCAAGAGUUCCUCCUUGCGGAGGAGCAACAAGCGGACAUACAACAAGACACGUCCUUGGCUCCUGCCAUUAAAGUUGAGGAUGCGUCAUUUGCCUGGGAGCGUUUACCUACCGAUGCAGCAAGGGAGGCCGACAGGAAAGACGAGAAAAGAAUGAGGAGGUGCAAGGAAGUGAACGAGUCAACCUCGCCUGCCCAGGGAAACUCUACGUGUGAUCUUCCAAUCGAACCUUUCGAACUCAAAGAUUUUACUUUUGAGAUCGGCCGUAAUGAACUUAUUGCGGUCAUCGGAACAGUUGGCUGUGGUAAAAGCUCGCUUUUAUCAGCCUUGGCCGGAGAAAUGCGAUUGACAAGGGGCAACGUUACCAUGAAUGCUACACGGGCUUUCUGCCCCCAGUACGCUUGGAUUCAGAACGCCACUGCGAAAGAUAAUAUACUUUUUGGUAAAAGAUAUGACGACGUAUGGUAUAAUAAAGUUGUAGAUGCCUGCGCUCUGAGAACUGAUUUCGACAUGCUACCAGCCUACGAUGCGACGGAAAUUGGCGAACGUGGAAUAACAGUGUCGGGAGGACAGAAGCAGAGGCUUAAUAUCGCUCGGGGUAUUUAUUUUGAUGCGGAUGUCAUCCUCAUGGACGAUCCAUUAUCAGCCGUGGAUGCCCAUGUUGGCCGCCAUAUCAUGGAUAACGCUAUAUGCGGGCUGCUUAAAGACAAAUGUCGAAUACUUGCAACACACCAACUUCAUGUCCUCAGCCGAUGCGAUCGUAUUAUAUUGAUGGAUGGCGGUCGUAUAUCUUCCAUCGAUACUUUCGACAACCUUAUGCGUGACAAUGAGGCGUUUCGUCAGCUGUUAGCGACUACGUCCCAGGAGGAGGAUACUUCAAAGAAUGGAAGCGACAGGGAGGAUGGCAUUGAAGCUGCAAGUGUGGAAAUGCCGAAAAAUAAAUCCAAAACAUCGAAACCGUUGGCUCUGAUGCAGCAGGAAGACCGAGCAGUUAGUUCAGUUGACUGGGAAGUGUGGAGGGCAUAUAUCGCGUCGUUUGGCCUGAUAAUAAAUGUAACGAGCUUGUGGCUUUCAUUCUGGACCUCAGACGAGUUCGGCCUGUCAACUGGCCAGUAUAUCGGUGUAUACGCUGGACUGGCCGGCAUCCAGCUGUGCCUCAUAUUUGCAUUCUCUACGACUCUGUCAGUGAGCGGAACGAAUGCGAGCAGGGUAAUGUUUCAAAAGGCGAUGACGCGAGUUUUAAGGGCUCCCAUGGCGUUUUUCGACACCACCCCCAUGGGUCGUAUUGUCAACCGAUUUUCCCACGACGUUCACACCAUGGACAACGACCUGACAGAAACAAUGCGGAUUUACUAUCUCACCCUCUCCCUGAUUAUAUCCAUUCUGAUUUUGAUCAUCGUGUUCUUUCACUAUUUUGCUGUGGCUCUUGGCCCUCUUUUCAUAUUAUUCCUGAUAGCAGCAAACUAUUAUCGAGCAUCGGCCCGAGAAAUGAAACGACAUGAGGCCGUCCUCCGUUCCACUGUUUUCGCCCAGUUCAGCGAGGGUAUCUCGGGAAUUUCAUCGAUUAGAGCGUACGGCGUACAGGCCCACUUCCUUCGUCGGCUCCGUGCAGCACUUGAUGAUAUGGACAGCGCGUAUUUUCUUACAUUCGCGAACCAAAGAUGGCUAAGCGUCAGAUUAGAUGCUAUCGGCAUUUUCAUGGUUUUUGUCACCGGUAUCUUAGUAGUAACGUCGAGAUUCAAUGUUUCACCAAGCAUAUCAGGACUUGUGCUGUCUCAUAUUCUCGCCAUAUCACAGAUGUUACAGUUCACCAUUCGUUGUCUAGCUGAUGUUGAAAACAGCAUGAAUGCCACUGAGCGCAUUCACCACUAUGGAACAAAGCUGGAGGAGGAAGCGCCACAACAUCUGCUCGAAUUGGAUAGCCAAUGGCCGCAACAAGGCAGAAUUUCAUUUUCCAAUGUGGAAAUGCGAUAUCGGCCAGGCCUUCCAUUGGUUUUGCAGGGACUGACUAUGGAUAUCCGAGGCGGCGAGCAUAUCGGGAUCGUUGGUCGGACAGGGGCCGGCAAAUCAACUAUCACGUCAACCCUGUUCCGAAUGACAGAGCUCUCUGGGGGGACUAUCAAAAUUGACGACAUAGACAUAGCCACUGUCGGUCUACAUGACCUGCGGUCUCGACUCGCCAUCAUCCCGCAGGAUCCUGCAUUAUUCCACGGUACUAUCCGAUCUAAUCUUGAUCCCUUUAACGAGCACACCGAUUUGAAGUUAUGGUCCGCACUUAGAAAAGCCGACUUAGUCGGUCAAGAUACACCGUCAGACUCUUCAACUGACCAAAUCAACUCAUCACCAACGGCCAGACAACCCCAACAGCGCAUCAACCUCGAUACCGUGGUCGAAGAGGAAGGAUUGAAUUUCUCACUGGGCCAACGGCAACUCAUGGCGUUAGCACGCGCUCUUGUUCGUGACUCGCGCAUCAUUGUCUGUGACGAAGCAACUUCCUCAGUUGAUUUUGAAACGGAUCGGAAGAUUCAGAAGACGAUGUCGCAGGGGUUCAAAGGGAAGACAUUGCUGUGUAUCGCGCAUCGAUUGCGGACGGUCAUCAACUACGAUCGCAUUUGUGUGAUGGACCAGGGACGCAUUGUUGAAUUUGACGAGCCGCUGAAGUUGUGGGAGAAGCCUGGUGGGGUGUUUCGAGGCAUGUGCGAUCGGAGUGGGAUUCUGGGGGAGGAUUUUUUGGUUGGGUUUGACGAAUGA